AGAGGCAGUGACGUCACCGGGCUGUUUCUCGCUCCCUUCCUGCUGCAUCACAACAGCUCGAGUAGCAAUAGUGACCGGGGGGACAGGAUAUUUCACAGCCAAUUCAUUGAUAGAAUAACUCCGUUGACGUUGCAGCACUCAACAACAUCCUAACACGGGGGUAACGGACAGGAACUGGUUGCAGUGCGAUAACGACGCUUCAGCUGUUGGGAUAUGGCCAGGCCGGAACAGGUUCUGCUCUUGGAGCCUCAGCACGAACUGAAAUUCCGAGGUCCAUUCUCAGACGUGGUCACCACAAAUCUCAAGCUCUCCAACCCUACAGACAGGAAUGUGUGUUUCAAGGUGAAGACGACAGCGCCGCGUCGGUACUGUGUGCGGCCAAACAGUGGAAUCAUCGAUGCGGGCACCUCAAUCAACGUCUCAGUUAUGCUGCAGCCUUUUGACUACGAUCCCAAUGAGAAGAGCAAACACAAGUUCAUGGUCCAGUCCGUGCUAGCACCUCCUGACAUGACCGACAUGGAGGGAGUGUGGAAGGAGGCUAAGCCAGAUGAGCUGAUGGACUCCAAGCUGAGGUGUGUUUUUGACAUGCCAGUGGAGAACGAAAAAACGCAUGACAUGGAGUCCAACAAGAUGAUGUCGUCCAGCUUGCUGAAGUCAGACUCCUCCACGCUGCCUGCGAAGUCAAUGAGCUCCACCCUUGAUGACGGGGAGGUAAAGAAAAUCAUGGAGGAAUGUAAGAGGCUGCAGAUGGAGGCUCAGAGGCUACGGGAAGAAAACAAACAGAUCAGGGAGGAUGAUGGUCUGCGGAUGAGGAAGAGUAACGUGAUGUCAUCUCAGCACUCAUCCAUUGGCAUGAAGAAAGAUGAGGGGUUGAGCACCCGCACGAUGCUCCUCAUCGUUCUCUUCUUUGUGGUGGGCGUCAUCGUGGGCAAGUUGGUCUUGUAGAUGGCAGUGAAUUUCGGUCAACUGCAGCAUGCUUUCAGGGGGAUGAAAACAAACACAGGAUUUUGGAUUUUGGAUCAGAGAUGCCAUAUCCGCUGGGUGGGGGGUGGUACUAGUUUUGAUUCAUUCUCAUUUAUGUAAAAAAAAUUUCAAAGGUAAUGUAUGAGAAAAUAAAGAGGAAAAAAACCGAUUCAUCAUCUUAUCAACAAACCUACUGUUACAGGUCUCUACGUAAUCAUCACAUAAUCAUUCUGGCCCUCUUUCCCAAAGUUUUAUGUAUACAGUGGCUGAUUCUGUGGGGUGGGGGGACAAUGGAAAGAUGAUUUAAUGCUAGUGAUCCAGACCAAUUUUCUAACACCGGCGAGGUAGUGUUGGUGCGACUGAGUCAGUUCGCAAUUGUGUGAAUGUCAUUUUAGUGUAUUGUUUCUUUUUCCUAAUGACGGAGGCCAGAGCCUAUGUAUAUGUAUAUGUAACCCCCCCACCCCCCCACUGUACAGUAUAUCUAGGUGUUCCUUCCAGCUAAACCCCCUUUAAGGAGGGGAUUUACCAGAGAGAUGAUUCACACGGUCGGGGUUACACACAGGGCUAUCAAACUGACUCCUGCAAUCAGAGGCUUUGUAAAAUCGGCUUGUCUUUGAUUGUAGAAUAACCUCUAUCAGUGUAUGAAACACUAUACCAUAGGUAUUUCCUUUCCUCGUGUUGUUUUUAUUUUCACUCUACCUUAUUCGCGUCACCUGUCACUCCGUGCUCACCACGUUCCUAGUUGUCAGAGGGGGAUGUUUGAUUGCAUGCGUUCACACGCAGAGUGUUGUAUCUGGACUUUUGAAUCUAAUUUAAUUGCUUUUAUAACGGUGAUUAUAAUAUGUCAUUUGGUUGUAGGUUUGCACAAUUACAUUUUCAGAUUUUCUUUUUCUUUCUCUCUUGUGUUUUGCUGCAAUUUUAUGAUUUAAAGUCAUUUUGUUGUUGUUAAAGGUUGAAGCAUUUAGAAAUAUAGCAGCUACCAGAAAUGAGCUCCAUAUUUGUAGGAUUAGAUCAUUUUUGUAAAUGUCAUCCAGAUGAAAGGCUUGCCUUGUGACCUAUUUGGGCAAGUUAUUCUCAGGCCAAGAUUGAGAUAUAUAUACAGCACAUUAACACACACACACACACACACACACACACACACACACACACACACACACACACACACACAAAGCAUGCAUACAUAUAGUGAAAAACCACAAAUGGACAGGAGUUGCAUGUAAAGGCGACUGACUGUGUUUCCCUUACAACAGCAACAACACCAAGGUUCCUGUUACAGCGUCCCCACAAAGGGACCUUGGUCUUUUCCGACUCUUUUUUUUUUUUUCUCAUAUUUUCCUACUGAGCCAUACAUUUGUUGAAGUUCUGUUUUGUUGGAGGCAAAUGUAUGUCAGAGAUCAACUGAGUGUUUCAAGCUGCCUGCUCCAGCUCUCUGCUGCUGGUGAGUUUUGUUGGUGGUUUUUUCCCCUCCACUGCAGGCCUGUGUUCAGUUUUUUGUGUUUGUUCAGCAUUUAUCCGUUGCUUAUUAAUGUUAUAUCCUCACUGCAUUUGAAGUCGUGUUCAUUUUUAAUGCACUAAGAUUAAGAGUGUCUCUCCUUUAAUCUUCCUGCUGCAUACAACAGUUGUUUUUUUUCUCAAGCGAGAAGGGGGGAGCAUACAGCCUAGCUUAUAUCCUUGAGGGGACCACAUGAUGACAUUGUACUGUUCCAGAGCCGAUGGUUUUUUUUUUUUGGUCAAAAAUAAACAUAAUCUCAAGUUGUUUCAUCUCCAAAUUUGCUUGAGGGGAAAAAACAGUGGAGAGUGUCAUUCUAUUUUGCAAUAUUUGAAGGAAAAAGAGCAGUUCAUAUUUCUAUCCCACUGUAUCCACAUAAGAUGCAGAAGUGCAUUACCCUUUGUUAAACUGAAAGGGUAAAUGACAAAAUUCCCCCCAAAAAAGAAAAUUCUUGUCAUGUUAAGUGGAGUGGAAGAUUAUGGAUAUGACUGGCGGGUAAGAAAUUAAAAUAUACAUGAGCUUGUGUUUCUACUGUAUCUCUGUAAAAUUGUUGGGUUGAGGAUGACUUGCUGCUUAGAGGGAGGGCAGAGCAGACCUGAGCUACAGUCCCAUCUUGGGUUAUCAGACCUGGGUCAAAUAGCACUUGCAGAAAAUUCUUCUUGUUCAAUGAGUCCUGGUUGGAGUACAUUUUACACACACAAAAAAAUAAAAGAAAUAUAUAGAUAUAUAUAACAGAAUAUACUGUUAUGUGAUUCAUAAUUUACCAAUGUCUUGCUCUGACGCAGUAAUCCCCACCAAUGUGGUACUCCAAGUAGGAUUAAACAAACAAUAAUAAUUACAUGUGACUACUAAUUGAUCCAGGCCCGGUUGGAAAACGCACUACACUGACCUAUCCUGGAGUCUCUGACCGUCACCGUGAUCAAUGUAAGCAGUCAGCAAACUGUUUUGUAUGUAUAUAAAUAAAUAAAUAAGUCUAUCUGAGAAGAUUAAUAUUCCUAGUUCAAGUAGUCUCUCUGGUGUAUAAAAACAACCCAACCUGGUUGGACUAUGUAGCAUCUUAAUAAAUUAAUGAAUAAAGCACC